AUGGUUCGCAUGGAAUUUCAAAUGGAGCGAAUGAAAUCUGAAAUGGAACAAACAGUGAAAAGUGUUGACCGGAAACUGAAUGAAAUGGUUGGAAAAGAGAGAAUGAAAUCUGAAAUGGAAAGAACAGCAACAAGCGUUGAUACAAAUUUUAAGGUAAUUUAUGUGAAUACAGAUGACCCGCUUUCAGAUCAGAUUGUGACACCAACUGUGGCAUUCAAGGCUAGACUAAAUGCUCACACUGCCGCUCCUGUAAGUCAAGUUAUAGUGUUUCCUGUAGUACUCUUCAAUGAAGGAGAUGCCUAUAACAGUAAGACAGGGAAAUUUACGGCCACAACAAAUAGAUCAUAUCUUUUUACUAUAGAAUUUUGUGUCCUACAAAACAAAUAUUUGUACGUGGAUAUAAUGGUUGAUGGUGUAGCAUACACUAAGACAAACAUUGAAGACAACGAUAAUCUCGACUGUCAAACAGCUGACACUGUCGCUGUGUUAAAAGCUGGACAGAGCGUGUGGGUUCAGCCGUCUGCUAGUGACUCUGGUAAUAUAAUCCGACAUCAUUCUUUACACUAUUGGAACACAUUUUCCGGAGUUUUACUCCAUAAAUAA